AGCCUCCCCUGUAAUUCGGCCGGUUUCAAAAGAAAUUCGGUGAUGCCUUUAUUGACCUUUUCAAAGAAAAACAAGAUGAAACUGAAUACAUUUGACUUUUCAGAUGAAUAAAUUAAAUUCCUGUACAGCAAGUGUCAAAAUAUAAAUAAUUUUGCGACCACAUUUGCAAGCAGCUGUCACGCUGGAUACGCGCAGGUUCGAUGAGUUUACAGGUAGUAAUGAUAAUUAUGAGCAACUGAUGCUGAAGAUACACGCAUUUUUAUUAGGUGUGUCAAUAACAAAAGGAAAAUGACUCUGCACAGACGUAUGAGGCUUGUAUUUUGGUCUUUAAUUCUUGCCUAUUCCGUAAUUUUUUUAACGUUAUAUGUUCUACUCAAAGUACCAAAUAAUCUACGAGUGGUACCUUUUGAAAUGGAAAAAACUGUUCGUCCAUACGCAAGGGAAAUUGCACGAUCAGAUGUAAAAAUCUGCCGCAGAGGAGUAAAGGAUAGCAGCCGGAUGGCCCGCUACGAGGAGGCGUAUGAAGCAUGGAGGGACGGUCUCCCAAGAAGAAACGCCACAUUCAACUGUUCACCAAAGAAUCACAUUCUAUUUCGCAAAGUUCACAAAUGUGGUUCUACGACGCUUGCGAAUAUUUUCUUACGCUAUGCCUUCCUAAACAACCUCCGAGUUGUCCCAUUUUCCUUUAAUCUGGCACCGAACCAAAAAUACGACAUCUUGGCUCAUCAUUGCGGUUUUAACGAAACGCGCUUCCAAAAAGCACUGCCCAAAGACGUUUUUAAAAUGGGUCUGGUUAGAGAACCCUUUUCUAAGUUUAAAUCUGCGUUCUUUUUUUAUCAAAGGAGACUUGAAUCAACCUUACCAUUUUCUAGUGACAACCAUCUGAAAGAAUUUCUCAUCAAUUAUGACAAAUGGAGCCAAUCCUUAAAGCUUCCUGUUGGGAUACGGAGAAACAGCAUGUCUCAAGAAAUGGGGACAUACCACGAAGGUUUAAGGAGAAAUAGAACAGAUCUAAAAGCAUUUUUGAAUAACCUGUCAAACUAUUACGAUUUUGUAGCAAUUCAGGACAGAACAGACGAGAGUCUAGUUCUUCUUCGACGUCGUCUGUGUUGGGAUUUAAGAGACAUUGUUUAUAGGAGGAAACUUACGGGAAAGUACAAUGCGGAAAGCUUCGUUGACAGCGAGCUUAUUACCAGACAUAAGACUUCUGAUAGCGUAGACUUUGCUCUUUACAAUUAUUUCAAUAACAAAUUAAUGAAAGAAAUAGCACAACAGAAUAAUGACUUCUAUGUUGAGCUGCAAUAUUUCAAACAGUUAAAUGGCCAAAUAACAGAAUUCUGUGAACAACCUAGAACAAUAAGGAGCAACUCAGUUUUGGAAGUCGAACGUUCACCGUGGUCAGCAGGAUUUACUGUGGACGACUGUUUUUGCUCGCUUAUGACUGAUAUUAUGGAAUUUAAAAGAUGGAAAAAUUAAAUAAAGAAAUUAUCAUUUUCUUGUCGAACUAUGUUCCAGUGUGGGGCAUUUUGUCCACUAUCAGUAUAUAUCAAAAUCUUUUUUAAAAGUUUACAGAUAUACAUUCUCAAGACCUAUAUUAUUUUGUUGUUGUUGAUUACAGCCGACAGAACAGUUACACGAACAUAGAAGAUAUUGCGAGGCCUUAAUGUUACCAAGGGCUAUUAUAUCUAACGUGGAUGAUCUGAGACAACCAAAAUCUGCUAACCUGUUCCUUCUCAAGAAUAUUCAAUAUAAUUAGAAGACUGCUAAAAAAAUGUCAGGGUAUUCACUACACAUGUAGCUGCUAAAUUGUCAAAAGCCGCUUUUUGGCUUGUAGAAUGGCGCUGAGAAGUCCCGAGAUUUUUAUUGAAUUACUAAUUUCUUCUGAUAUAUUUAUUUAAAACCGUGUCUCCGUAGUUUGUUUGAAAAUUGGCCAAGACACUUUUAAUCAGUUUUGUAACAAUCUGCAUUUGUAAGGUAUAUAACGAGUGCGUAAGAUAAAGCGUCAGAUAAAGGUAUAUCGAUCCUUCAAAUGUUUUGGUAUAAAAAGUAUAUACUUACUCUUGGGUAACAUGGAUCUCUCGGAUCAGGCCAACACUAAGCCGUGUACGCCAACU